CUUCCCAGCUUGAUCUGCCUGCCCCAUACCCGCUGCUCACGCGCUGCCUCCCCUGCACACCGACACUCCUCUUUGUGCCUGCAGCUGUGUCUCAAUUCACCAAAAUUUGGGACAAAGGGGCAGAAAUGGCUCCCAGCAAACAAAAAGCGGUAUCGUAGGUGGCUCCUGUUGGGAACAGGUCUGCUCAGCCUGGCAGCUUCAGGCGCAUUGACGGGGAUUUCACCUCGCCAGGCUCCCUGGAAAAUUCGGGAGUGUUGUGGCACGGAUCCAGCUGAGGGAGAUACUGAAGGAUCCUUCCCCUGCCAGGCUGGGGCUGCUUGGGGAAGCAGGCAAUGUCUGAGUGCCACGGAGCACCCAGAAGCAGGAGGCAGACCCCGUCCUCCCCCAGCACCCAGCACCCAGGAGUUUGGUUCCCAAAGCCUCUUCCCCCAGCCAGCAGCUGUGGCUGGACACGGGGUAAAAGCAGUGAGCUGGCUAUCAGGAAUCUGUGGACAGAACCGGCUGAGCACAGCCUGGUAAAGCGCUCAGCUCAGUGGCAUUUCUCUUUUGGCCUAAACAAUUUGGGAACGCAGCAGCCUAUCUGCUCUGAAAUGACCGGUCCCUGUGAUAGCAGGCAGAGCCCUCUUGGUUUGGCAGAAAACCAGAAAAAAAAGAGUCAGAAAGUUGCUAGCGCUGGGCAGCAGAGGACAUGCCUUCAGCCACAGGAAGGGACCAGGGACCUCUGGUCUGCAGGGGACGAAAGGGUGGACAGCAGUAACCCGGUAAGGCAGAGGUUAGUCACCAAGUUCUAUAAUUAGGAAAUAAAUAGUGUGCUAAAUAAACCCAGAGCAGAAGCUUUUGAGGAGGGCGACAGAGCUGGAAGUUGGCAAUGAGCAACCGAAUGAGAAUGUGAUGGAAAAAUACUGAGCAGGUGGGCCACGUGCCACCUCCACGGCUGGCUUGUGUGAUGCAGCCCUUCUCCCAUCCCUGGCAUUUGUCUCUUUACGUUGUCAGCUCCUCAGGACAGAAGGCCAGUCUAUUUAGAGAUCUGCAAAGUGCCCAUUACGCUUUUAGACACCAUUUUCAGAAAACACAUAAGAGUCCAAAGAGCACUGUGCAUCCAGAUCCAACAGGCUCUCAAACAGCUGAGUGCUGCAGCCGGCGAGCCUGUACCUCACAGGCGCUGCAGGGAAGGCAGAGAGGAAAAAUCAUUGCCUUUAUUUCCAUCUGUAAAGCUUUUCUGUGCUCACAUGUCCCUGACAGGCACUUUGCUUACUUUCAGCUGGCAAUCAAACCCUGUCAUAAGAGAUGUUUUCUCUCUUGCUCCUGCUGCACUGGCGGAGAUCAACACCCCGAUGUUUCCUCCAGCAAAAAGGUUUCCUAAGAGGUGCAAAGUCCCCGGGUGUUCUUCAGUGUACCGGUGCACGGUGAGUUUGCUGACCAGGAGAAAAGCUGGGCCAACGGAAAUGAAGCAGAAAGAGAGUCGGUUCUUUACGGCAGCAACGAGCAAAAGAGAGAGGGAUGCGAAGAAUAAAACGUCACUGUCACCAAGGCGUUGCACGGCAUGUCUCAGCCCGGCCUUGCACUGCACCAAGUUCUCUCUGCCUGAUGCCUUCCCAAUUGCUGGGUUUUUAGAGGUAAAAUUACAGUGCUUUUCCUUGGCCUUGGUGUACAGGGCUAAGUGCCUGCCCAAUGCACUAGGCAAAGCUCUAUUCUUCCUGGGCCUACAGUUCCCAGCACAUACAUCUGGCUUCCUUUGCAGUACCCACACUAAUCAGAGGAAUCCUCCUGUCUCCAAAGCAUUUGGGUGUUGCUGGACACCCUCAUCCCACUGCAGGGCAGGAACAUCACACGAGGGCCUGCUGGGCUGGAGCUGCCAAAUGGCUCCCUAUGAGGCAGGCAGGCUGGAAACGGAGCUCGGCUCUUCCCAGCACCCUGCCGUUACGGGACGGUUUAGGCUCCUGCUCGGAUGGCAUUUCCCCAGCAUGAGCUGUGCGCUGCGAGUGACACAGCCUCCUGGCUGCGGGCCACAUCCUGCGCACACCACUGCUCCCACAGCAGCCAGCCGCACCGUGCUGAGCAUCGCGGGGCUUCGGCUGCAGCAGCAGCAGCUCCCCACAUGCUCAGAGGGAGGGCAGCUUCCUUCGCAAGCCGCAACCCAGAGGCUGUUUUAAUAUCCUGCAGCCGGGCUUGCACUCACAAACACGCCUGCUUCCUCCCUGCCACCUCAACUCCUGCACCAGGAGGUAGAGCUGAACCCCCCCGAUGUUCUCCAGCUGACCUGCACCAGGUUCCUCCUUUCCCGCCUGGAGAUGCAGCACCUUUUCCACCCCAUCCCUUCUCCUUGCCAUAACCAGACAGCUCAGCAGUUCGGCUCCCCCUGCCGCAGAAUUUGUGCUGCCAGCUAUUCAAUGUUUUUUCUCCCCCAGUUCUCAGGUCUCGCUCCUCACUGACAGGUCUGAGCACCCCUGUAUAAAAGGCUGCCAUAUGUUUUACUUCUCCUUCUCAGCAAGCGGGCAGAUAAGAGUUUGCUUUGCUGUGCUUUGUGGCAGUGUGCUGAAGAAAGCUCCCUGCUAAUAGCCAGUUCACCUGGGCCCACUGUGAGCAGACAAGGUAUAACUGGAAUCAAUCGGACUGCAAUUGCGUGUAAUCAAACCCAAACACAUUCUUCAAAUACUUGGUUAAGAGGCUGAUACCGGAAGUUUAUCUAAUAAGCCUGUCUUGCGGCUUGAUCACAGGCAUAGCUCAGCAGACCUCAGCCCAGCCACGUUAACGCCGUGUUUAAUAACCACCACGCACCCUGGGCAUUUUUACCAGGUUUGUUAAAGGCUGAAGAUAAGGAGUUCGGCUCCUGCUUGACCGCAAGGUGCGGGAUCGCUCCUAUAGCGAGGAGAAGAGGCACUGAGGCGCUGCUGCUGUACCUCUUCCACCUUUUUCGGCUCAGCAGUUCCCGUGCUGCCCUUCCCCGAGCUCCCUCCUUCGCGGUGACUCAGUGCACGGCAGUUACUCAUCUCUCCAGAUACACAACUCUCUGGAAAAUGUGACUUGCGCCCUGAAAGCUUUCUCGACGUAGGAAGCUCCAACUCCCGGUAAACAGAGGAGACAAGAUGACUGAAAUCAGGGAAGGGAUU